AUGGCAUCCAGAAAGCAGUCUGCUCAUACAAAAUCGGUAACGACUUUGAAUCUUGUUAACAACUGUUACAAGGAUACCGACAGUUCAAAACUGUUAACUUACAAGGAACGGGAAGAUGAAGAAAAGUCAUCAAAACAAGUUAAUAGAAUGAGUGGUAAGCAUGAGAUUAUGAUCACACCAACGACCACAGUGACAAAUUCAGUUUUUUCCAGCUCCAUUGCGAGUACAACAGCAACAACGAUAUCGUUGAAGCAGAACAACCACUAUUCGAACCUGAUAUCGAACCUGUUUGGAAGUCGAGUGUACGACAGCGGAAUAAGAAAUGUUACAAAUUUCAGCUUCAACUCCAUGGACAUGUCCCUGAUUAACCCGCACAAGGACUCCAUGAAGACGAAGCGAGGUUACAGAGAAGUGUCCCCGAGGUCGAACAAGAGUAACAGAGAAGUGGCGAUGAAGUGCGCGAAGAGCAACAAGGACAUAGUCAUCAGGUCGAACAAGACGCAGGUCAAGGAGCAGAACUUUAGAGUGACGAGAGCAACAGAUAAGCUGCUCGACAGCACAUACAAGAACUUCAGCAGCGUCCUCAAGGGGAACUACACCACCUACAGGAAAAAGUACCUGGAAGGACCAGUCGUGGGAAGAGGAAGCUUCGGAGUGGUGAAGACUCUCUUCAGCAUGGUGGAAAUAUUGGACCUGUACCAGUACGUCCCGACGAAAAACAGGCCGCCAAUCAACAACCUGUCCAAGGGAAUCACGAGGCUGAGCGACAACAACUACGAGUUCUGCGGAGUAAAGCUGACGAGUCCCACGAGGGCUGCGAAGAUCAUGAACUUCGACAAGAUAAAGAAGACGGGGCCGAAGAACCUGCUCCACAUCCUGAGGGAGGUGUCAAUAGGAUCCUGGAACGACCACCCGAACAUAGUUAAGGUGAAGGAGAUAUACCUCGACGAACAGAUACUGAAGUACCUCAACAACAUAAAUAACCUGGACGACAAGGAGAUGGUGCUCAGCGGCAAGAACAAUAACGUGUACCUGGUGAUGGAGUACUGCAGCGGAGGGGACCUCAGCGGGCUGUUCAUCGACGAGUUAGACAAGGAGACGAUCAUACCGAAGCUAUUCGUGCAGAUAUUCAGAGCGCUCUCGUACAUUAACUCAAAGGGAAUAGCGCACCGCGACGUGAAGCCUGAGAACUUUCUGAUAACGCACAAGUCGGAGGGCGCUAACGCGAAGCUGGGACGCCACAAGGGGGGCCUGCUGUACGACGACAUAACAAUUAAGCUGGCAGAUUUCGGCCUCGCAAACUCGUCGCCACGCCUGCUGAAGACGCGCGCAGGUAGGGCUGGAACGCCGUACUACGUCGCACCGGAGAUCAUCAAGUGCAGCGGAAGCAACUACUACAACGUGAAGUGCGACUCGUGGUCGGCAGGAAUAAUGUUGCACAUAUUCCUCCUGGGCUCGUGCCCAUUCCACGACGAGUCGGACGUCAAAAAGCUGAACAAGGUGGUAAACCAGGAGAUCGACUGGACUCAUGAAAUAUACGCAACGAUACCGCCGGAAGCAUAUGACCUGCUGAAGAAGCUCCUCGUGAAGAACCCGUCGAAGAGAAUAUCAACGACGGAUUCGCUGAAGCACCUGUAUUUUCAGAAGUUCACAGCAGGUUAUGCGCCGUUGAACAGAAGCAUCAGUGAAACGUCCCUGAUUGACAUGCUGGCGCAGUUUUACAAGUUCCCGGUGCUUAAGAGGGUCGCCCUCUGCAUCAUGAUAAGGCAGAUGUCCGAAUAUAAGCUAACAGAGCUGUGCGACCUAUACAAGUACCUCACCACCUUCUCCCACGACCUGAACAGCGUUAACGUGCAGUCGCUCACGAAGUACGCGAACCGACGCAGCACCGACGUGAGCAGAGACAAGAACUACAACCACAAGAUGAGCAAACUUAACUACCUGAAGGAGUCGCUGAACAUCGAAGAGAUCACCUUCACGGAGUUCGUGGCCUCGCAGAUGGCCUACGAGCUCUGCCAGGACAACGACCUGAUAGCGAACGUGUUCGCAGGACUGCACUCGGACCUGCCGGGAAGACGCAGCCUCUUCAUCAACGAGCAGGACCUGGAGAGACUGACCAGCAGCUACACGCAGCGCUCCACCAAGCUGGACCUGAAGCUGGAGCUCAUGGAAGACCGGCGGAGGUCAGACACGCAGAUGUUGAACAACAUCAAAUUCAUUUUAAACGACGCCUGCGAGUACGCGGAUAACAUUUACGACGAUAACAAGACUCGAGGGAACACAAGCGGCCUGGGCGGAUUCCUGAGGUCCAACCGGGGGAAUGACAAAGAGUCGUCAAUGUCGAUAGAUGAAUUUUUCCUCAUGAUGAGCUUCAGCCCUGACAAGGAGAGCGAGCCUGAGGAAUCCAGAUUAGCUAGAAUUAAACGCAAGAGAAUAAAAUGA